AUGACACGAAAAGACGAUACCAAGCUUCUCAUCGGGGUAUUUCGCCAAUGGGAAUCUUCUGGGCUUAACAACCACAUUCUAGGCGCAGAUCUCGGCAUUAGAACCGCAGCGGCAGGUAUGCGCCGUACACGACUCAACGAAAGGCUCAACGCCAACGGCGCACUGACAAACGCCGACUUGGAGCUCCUGAUAGCUAUUAUCAACCAAGAGAAACGUUUACCGAAUAUCGAUUACAAUCUGCUUGGCAGAGAACUCGGCAUCAAUUCCGGAGCAGCAUCGAUGCGUUGGUCGAGAUUUAAGGCGAGGCUGGAAGCGACACGAAAACACGUUCAGAUAACCGUCAAGAAGGAGCCAGUGGAGGAAAAGAACAUUGAAGCACCUGCGGCGAACGAGCCAGCUGAAAAUUCGACUGCAUCUCCAGAAAACGGCAAUGAAGUAAUUGAGACAGAACAAGGGGUUUUUGGAUGGCCGUACAAUGAAAUGGGUUGGUCGGACGAUGGGUCUUAA